AAAAGAAGAGGCAGUAGCGCAUUUGACAAUUUACAUCGCAGCUGAUUAUUUUUGACGGCUGGUCACAUAACAGGCACGUUUUAAUAUACGAUUUGGGAAAAACUUCCAUCAUGAACUUCAGCCGUCUCGCCAUGCGUCAAUUCGCUCGCCACACUGGUCGUGUACGUAUGUAUUCUGCAGUAACAGCGCCUGCUGCUACUAGCGGCGCUGAAAAAUUAGUACCACCACCCCCGGAAAGUGAAGCAAAACCACCAAAUCCAAAAUUGGACAACAUUGUUAGCAGUAUAGCAGCAUUGAACUUACUGGAGGUUUCUGAACUCAGUGCAUUGCUCAAAAAGAAAUUAAAUUUACCUGAAACAUCGUUCGUACCACAAUUUGCUGCUGGACCAGCACGAGCAGCCGGGGGAGAAGAGGAGGAAGAAGAAGCAGCACCAAAAAAAGUACAGACUGAAUUCAAAGUCAAAUUACUGAAGUUCGACGAAAAGCAAAAAGUGGCGCUGAUCAAGGAGGUAAAGAAUCUUUUGGAAGGCAUGAAUUUGGUGCAAGCCAAGAAAUUCGUUGAAAGUGCACCGACUAUUGUCAAAGAAGGCAUACCAAAAGAAGAGGCAGAAAAACUGAAGGAAGCAUUUAGCAAAGUUGGUGCAAUCAUUGAAAUUGAGUAAAAUAAAUAUAGCUAGGUAGAUGCAGCUGCUCCUGCUGCAUUAGUUGCAGCGUUCCCUAAUUUUAAAUACAAAUCUAUGUAGUUGUAUACAUUUUUAUGUACCCUUAAAGAAGUUCAAUAUUUUAUUUGCAGUUUUAUCUGUUAUUUCUAUAUUGGAUUAUGUCAUGGAAGCAAUUAAAAUAUGGCCCGAUAUGAAAUUA